AAGGGCGUCUGCCCCAUCGCGUCUUGUGGUAGACACAUCAAGGACUUGAAAGCACAUCUGCUUACCCACAAGAACGAGCGACCCGAGAAGUGCCCGAUCACUUCAUGCGAAUACCACAUCAAGGGCUUUGCCCGAAAGUACGACAAGAACAGACAUACCUUGACCCACUACAAAGGUACGAUGGUCUGUGGAUUCUGUCCAGGCAGCGGCAGCUCUUCAGAGAAGAGCUUCAACCGUGCUGAUGUCUUCAAGAGACAUCUCACCUCAGUACAUGGUGUCGAACAGACCGCACCCAACGCUCGUAGAAGAAGUGGUGGAAGCUCCAGUUCCAAAGGCGCCCUCAACAAGAUCGGCACCACUGGCAUGUGCUCGACCUGUGGCGUGGCGUUCGCCAACGUUCAAGACUUCUAUGAGCAUCUCGACGACUGUGUUCUUCGCGUCAUCCAACAAGGUGACCCUUGCGAAGCCAUCAACGAGAGAAUCCUUAGCUCGAUGGUGGAUGACAAGUCUGUCAUGGAGACCUUGGAGCGACACUCCUUGAGCAAUGCUUCGGGCUUCUCGGGACCCACUGUCUUCAAUGAUGAUGAUGAAGAUGACGAAGAUGAUGAGGAGAGAUACAUCAAGGAUGAGAUGGUCUCUCCCGUCCUUUCCAACAGCGGCGUCACAGAUGUGACUCGCCAAGGCAUGACCUACUCCAAAGGAGGUGUUGCACUACACUCUGUUGCAAAGAACAACAAGCGUCGUAAGAACUAUCCUCCCUCAUGGAACGCACCGCCAGAGAAGAUGAAGAUGAAGAAACGAGUCUUGUGUGUGUUUGAUGGACCACGAAGACUUUGGAAGGAUGACUUGAUGCUCGGCCUUGACAACCAAGUACGAGAGCCUCUAUCCGGCAGAAACUGGGUCACCAGCCUGGACGUCCAGACUCUUCGAAGGGCCGAGGGCAUCCUCGAGGCAACAGAAGAAGAGAAGGGCUCAUGGUUG